UUUCAGUCGUCGGUCUUUGAAACUUUCGUCGGCGCCGUCGAGUGCGUGCGUUGUUUUAAUACCGCAAUUCAGCCUUUCCUUGAGCACUGUUGCGCUUUGAUUUUUUUUCUUAACCGUCUUGAUUGUCCCUGUGCUUCAGCGGGAUCUCCACCCUGCUUACCAAGAUUUCCUCGUCCAACUCUGCGCUGAAGCGGCACCCUCUCGUAGUACAGCAGGGCUAGCGCACGUUUUACUACGGCGGCGCGAUGUUCGUCAUCAGCGAGAUGUCGGACAGCAUUCGCGUCCCGCCGUGGCUUUUCCGCGUGAGCCCCAACGAAGCCAUCGUGGAGCAGCUGAAUCGGCGUCUGGCGAACAAGGUGGUUAUCAACGUGGGGCUGUGCAUCGCGCUCUUCGACAUCACGAAAAUCGAGGACUCCCGGAUUCUGCCGGGCGACGGGUCCUUUCACACAACCGUGCAAUUCCGCUACGUCGUCUUCCGACCCUUCAUGGACGAGGUGCUGGUGGGCAAGAUUCGCAGCAGUAGCCAGGAGGGAAUCUACGUGUCCAUGGGCUUCUUCGACGACAUCCACAUCACUCCUGAUGGGAUGCAGCACCCAGCUCGCUUCGACGAAGCCGAACAGCUCUGGGUGUGGCAGUACGAAGGCGAGGACGGUGUGCACGAGAUGUUCAUGGACCUGGGCGAACCAAUACGCUUUAGGGUGGUGGCCGAGUUGUUCGUGGACACCACGCCCGGAGGCCCCGAGACGACCGAGCUGCCAGACGGCGAAGAACGCCACGUACCUUACUCUCUCACGGCCUCCAUCAGCGAGUCCGGCCUGGGACUGCUCAAGUGGUGGACGUAGGGAAGCCAGCCGGCAGCAGAGCAUUUUAUUUUACUGUUUUUUUUUUUUCUUAUUUUCUUUAAUCACACGGGGAAGACUUGCUUUGCCGGGCAGGGUGGGGCUACUUCUUCAUCUUCUUCUGUGCGAGGAGCAAAGACAAGAAAGAAAAAAAGAAAACAAGGCA